UGAAGCCAUUGCUAUCCACCUUCAUGUUGAUCCAUAACCUAAUAGUAAUAUUGAUGACAAAUAAUAAACUUCAUGCAAUUAAUGCACAUGAUCUCCUUGUUAUCAGUGGCGGUGGCUUCUCUUGUGAGAGUUGGCUCCUUGGAGUAGAGACUAACAACGUGAGAGGGUGGAAGACGGUGCCACGGGGUUGUGAGAGCUUCGUCGGGCAGUAUAUGAUCGGUAAGCGAUACGGCGAGGACUUGGCGAUGGUGGUCGGAGAGGCAGAGAAGUAUGCGAGAGGGUUGAAGCUUGGAGGUGAUGGAAAGGAGGUUUGGGUCUUUGAUGUUGAUGACACUGCUCUCUCUAACUUGCCUUUCUAUGCUCAUAGGGGAUUUGGGGCAAGGGCAUAUAAUAAAAGUGAGUUUGAUGUUUGGGUAAACAAAAGCAGAAGACCAGCAGUGCAACAAAGUUUAAGGCUAUACAAGACCCUCUUGUCUUUAGGCAUCAAAGUUAUGUUCCUAGGUACUGAUUUUGAGCAUGAUAGAGACAUCAUUUCUGCCAAUCUGAGGAAGGUUGGAUAUAUUACUUGGGAGAAAUUAUUAUUAAGAAUACCAAAAGUCAAAUUAUCUACAAUCUCAUUUAAAUCUAGUGAAAGGAAGAAAUUACAACAAGAAGGUUACAAAAUUGUCGGUAAUAUUGGAGAUCAAUGGAGUGAUAUUUUAGGUACACCAGAAGGUGACCGCACAUUCAAGCUACCGAACCCAAUGUACUAUGUUAAUUAAUUUUUAAAAUUUUAAAAUAAUUUUAUAAAAAUUAUUUUAUAAACGACCCUCUCAAUAUGGUAGUAUUUUAUUCUUCAUUUUCCUUAUCAAUAGGAUACAUCAUCGGAAUAUAAGUCAUAACUGAUAAAUUAGCUAACUAUGAACAAAUAAACCUUUCUUUAUCUGUUUUUGUUUCACCUGCUAGAUGGGUUUUUAGAGAUCAUCAUUGAGUGUGGAUUUGUAUUUUGAGAGUGAUCUUAGCUAGUUUGUUAUUUUAUUUUGGUUUUAAUUGCUUCAAUGACUUUGUA